AUGAACACAUUGGCUGACAAAAUACAAGAAAAGAUAUCCACAAAAAGCCUAUCAACAAAUAGCUCACAGCCUAGCAGUGACCCCACUCCAGAAUGUGUUGUGAGGUACGCCAGCUUCCUCAAGAACAGGUACAAACAGAUGUCACCUUUUCCAGACGAUUGGCCACCACCAUUGAAAGAGAAGUUUACAAAACUAGCUCUAAUAGAGAGAAAGAAACAGAUUCGCUUAACUCAAGCUAAACACCAACCAUCAAUCCAGUAUGAUUACGCUACUGGUAAUGUGGACAAUAUUGUUGAGAGAAAGAAAGCGAUUACGCUAGAACAGAUCUUUGAGCCUUUAAAUGGUGAUUCCGAAAUAGCUGCACCAAACAGGUACACUGUUGUAAUGGACGGAGCCCCAGGAGUAGGCAAAACCACACUCAGCAGGAAGAUAUGCAUUGAUUGGGCACAAGGGAAGCUCAUCAAGGACCACCACAUUGUUAUCCUCAAACCACUAAGGGAACUAAGAGGUCACACAGCUGCCUCACUCUCUGACCUAGUAAACGCUGACGACCCUGAACUAAAGGAGCAAAUCGUGAAGUACAUACAAAAGACGUCAGGUUCCAGAGUCAUGUUCAUCUUUGAUGGUUUUGACGAGCUGAGCAGUAAGCAACGAUCUGGUAAGAGGACUAUUUUCUGGGAAAUCAUUCGAGGGAAUCGCCUACACAACUGUUCUGUGCUGGUUACAUCACGCUCAUACGCCUCAGGCCCACUACAGGAAAUCAACCAUGUCAAUCGACAUGUUGAAGUAUUAGGAUUCAAGAAAAAGGAUAUUGAACAUUGUAUUAAGCAAAACGUUACAGACAAGGAAAAGGCAAAGAAGCUAAUACAGAUGCUGAAAGAGAGGUUGGAUAUUGUCUCCCUAUGCUAUAUCCCUCUAAACUGCAGGAUUGUACUGUAUGUCUACCAGCAACAAGAUACCUUACCCGACACACUCACACAACUCUAUGAGGUAUUCAUUCUGUACACACUCAAACACUACAAGAAUAAAAUAUUUCAAGAACGAGAGCAUGAAAUUGACAAUGAAGAGAUAGAACAUGCUAAUACUAUAAAGAAAUUGCCACAUCGAGUUAUCAAGUGUUUAGACUACCUAUCAGAAACUGCAUUCACAGGAAUGACUCAAGACAAACUGGUCUUUGAACGUACAGAAGUUACCAAAGAAAGAGAUGCUUUGUCACUGGGACUGCUAAACCUAAUAAAGUGUACGGGAGUAUUGGAGGCUCAUUAUUAUCAGUUCCUUCAUUUAACCAUUCAAGAGUUUCUAGCAGCCAGACAUCUCGCACUAACAAAGAGCAACAAAGACAAACUAGAGUUUAUUACAUCCAAAAUAGGUGAUGAUAGAUUUAGAAUGACUUUACUCUUUCUCUCUGGAUUGACUCAACUUGAUUUUCUUCCCAUUGAACAAGCCUUCCCAGCUCCGAAAUCAAUAAACACUGGUGUGGAGCAUAAAUACAAAACCAAAACAAAAGAUCUGCGAAAACAAGAGAGAUCUCGUUUCUUGUUCCUAGCCCAUCUUCAUUAUGAAAGCCGACAAACAACACACAACUGGCUCUUGCCCUGUCUGGUGACCAAUUCACUCAACUUGUCAGAGCACAGUCUCUCUCAGUUCGACUGCCUUGUCUUGGCCAACUUUCUCGCCCUAACUCCCAAAGAUCACGUGUGGGAUGAGAUAAACUUGUCCCAGUGUAGUCUUAAUGAUGACCGCUUCAAGACAUUAACUACAAAGAAACAUUCACAAAGAGACAUUCCAGUAUUGUGCUUAACUAAACAAUUAGAUGUUACUUCUAACAAAAUCAAUGCUGAGGAUCUACAUGUAUUGAUGCCACUAUUAUCAGAAGAGUCGAAGGUGGACAGCAUUAGUAUCCCACACCACGAAUCAUGCACUCAGUUAGGAGGUGCAAUUGUGGAAGGAUUAAGAUUAGUAACCUUAAAUUUUCGUCAACAUUCGACAUAUCACGAUCAAAAAACAAUGCUAUCAAGUAGAGAGAUGAUCGUUCCCACAGCUGAAGAUUUGAUUCGACUAUCACUGGCUAGCCCCAAAGCUUUUGAAGAUUGUCCGGAUUGUUCUGGCUCUGGAAAUGAGGCUUGGGAAAGUGUUUGCAAUGUCAUCAAAAAUAGUAAGUAUAUAAAACACCUUCAAAUUCACAAGAGCCAGUUCCAUUUACACGAUAUUACAACACUAAUGGCAGCUUUGCAAAACAAGAAAAACCUGCGUACCUUAAAAAUACCAGGAAAAAUGGCUCUACUAGGAAAAAACCGUACCUUACGUUUAUAUGGAAACACAAUAUGCCACGAGGGUCUAAUACACUUAAGAAAUAACUUGCCAGUGAAUGUAUGUGCUGACAUUUCAAUAUCUGAUAAGGUUGAAUUAGCAAUAUCAGUACACAACGACAAACUAGUUCAUGUUCAUAUUGGGCCACCUAACGAGUACAUACAAGAUGUUGACUCGGAGGAUCUAUUUAUGCCCUUCAGUGCUAGAAGAAGAUUUGCCAUCGGAACUACAUGGAGUAACUGUUACCACUACAUCAUUCGUGUCCAAGGCUCUACUCAGGUCAAUAGGAAAUAGUAAAACGGUAACUAGUUUAACAUUAGCUAUUGGUACGUUCACAAAAUGUGCUGGGGAAUUUCAAGAUGCGCUUAUGAAAAACGAUAGUUUGCAAACAUUGAAACUGUACGAAUGUAAACUGAAUGACGCAUCUAUCAAACAAUUGGAGGAUGUACUCUUACUCAAUCCAACUGUGGCACUCAAGUUAAAAAACAAUUGCUACAACAGCAGCUGGCACAAUGCACUACUUACAGUGAGGUCUCAAAACCUUUGUGAGCUAGAUUUAGGUGAUUUAGAUGCUUUGAAUGAAGAAAGUGUGAGACAACUUUCAGAGAUAGUCACAACAUGCAAGCAGCUACGAGUCUUGAAAGUAAGAUUAAGCGAUAAUUCAGAAACUUUCUUCCAUGCUCUAUCAGAUAAUCAAAGCCUGAGAGAACUCAAUAUCAAGACUACUAGCAAGAUGGCAAUAUUGUUGUUUCAAACACUCCCAUCAACUUCCGUCACCACUUUAAACUUAUCAGAGUAUUCCACAAGUGAAGGACUUGGAAAUGAGGGAUCUUUAGCCUUUAAAGAGUACUUUGUUGGAAGUAAAGUGCUAACUGUUUUGAGAGUUCACAGUUGUGGUUUAACAGAUGCAGCAUUCAACGGAAUUACUUUUACGAAGGACUCUCCUUUGAGAGAACUUAUUCUCAGCCCUAAUAAAUUAGAGAAUGGUUGGACAGACAUUUUCAAUGGUCUUUGUUCAUCAUGUAUCACCACACUAGACGUCUGGGGUAAUAGCUUCAAUGGAGAGGAGUGUUGCACAGCUUUGAAAUGUCUACUCAUCAACAACAGAACACUGACUGUUCUAAAAAUAUGUUGUUGGUAUGAUACAAUUCAUGACAUGGUUUGUUGUAUUGCUGACGCUCUGUCACAAAAUUGCUCAUUGAUGGAACUAACGAUCAGCACCUCCGAAUUAAGCAUUCUGGAAUGGACAAAACUAUUUGAAAGCUUACACAAAAACACAACGUUAAACACGUUAAAAACUAAUUUAGAACAAUUCAACCAAAAAAAUAAAGUCGUUAAAUCUUUGUGUGAAAUGCUAAUACACAAUCAAGGCCUUCAAAAUCUAAAUAUUAACGAUGAAUUGAUUGAGGGUCAUUUAAAAGAGUUUGCAAUGGCAUACAUUCAGAGAAAGCCUGUCCUAAAUUUAAUUGUUGAAAAAUUGGAAGAUGAUUUAAUGAAAGAGAUCGAGGGACUUGAAACAGAUACUGAUAAGGAGUACAACAUCAGAAACAGAUACUAACCACCAUUGUACAUUUAGAGACUGCUAUCAUUACAAUGCAUCAGGCAUACUUUGAUUUAAUAUAUGAGGUUGAUUAGAAAUGUAUAGUCAUGCUACAAA